GUGACGUCAUGCUGGGGCUGGGCUGGGAAGGAAAAGCGGUUGGAAAAACAUGUAGCGGUGCAGCUACCAGCCCGCGACACCCCUACUGAGACCCAGUACACCAAAGGAGACCAAGUCCCUUCCAUCACAUUGGGACUUUAUGGGGUGGUGGGGAAGGCCUAGUCCCCCACCUUGAUCAGGCCAGACACCCCCACAGGUCCCCCAAACCAUGGACAAACAAGUAGCCAUGAGUACACCAGGCAAGGUCAGCGGGAUCAAACCCCCCAGUAAAAUAGUCCGUCCAUCUGGGGUGCCAUCAAAGACGUCUCCAUCCUCUGGUACUCCAAAGCCAGUUCCUCCAGAGAAGUCCCAUGGCAGUGUGACCUCCCCAACCCAGGAGGGAAGUGUGGACUUCCAAGUCGGAGAGAGGGUCUGGGUCAACGGCAAUAAGCCUGGCUUCGUGCAGUUUAUCGGGGGCACACAGUUCGCUCCGGGACAAUGGGCGGGGAUUGUGCUGGAUGAGGCUAUCGGGAAGAACGACGGGUCUGUGGCAGGGGUCCGGUACUUCCACUGUGAGGAUGGGAGGGGGAUAUUCACGCGGCCUUCAAAGCUUUCCAAGACUGCACUGCCAGAGAAGGAGGAAAAUGGGGGGCAGUCGAGUCCAGCACCAGGAGCCCCUGCAACAAGCGAGCCUGCACCUGCUGGCACUACCUCAACUGUUCAGGGCACCGGCAUAAAGACAAGCGCCGCACUUAACCGAAUGCUCACAUCCAGCGAGUCGGUGUCUAACCUCUCAGAUACGGAAUCCAUGAAGAAGAACAAAAGGGAGAUGAGGCUGGGAGACCGUGUUCUGGUUGGUGGUACCAAGGCAGGAGUAGUGCGGUUUCUGGGAGAGACAGACUUUGCCAAAGGAGACUGGUGUGGAGUGGAGCUAGAUGAACCACUUGGGAAGAACGAUGGAGCUGUAGCGGGGACCAGAUACUUUCAGUGCAUGCCCAGGUACGGCCUGUUUGCUCCGGUCCACAAGGUGACACGUAUUGGCUUCCCUUGUACCACACCUACCAAGGCGAAGAGCUCACGGAGGAGGUCCACUCUCAAGAGGAGCCCGAGUGCUUCCUCCAUCAGCUCACUCAGCUCAGCCACCUCCUCCAUCAGCGGCAAACCCAGCCGAGCAGGACUGCUGACGGAGACAUCUGCUCGGUACGCUCGUAAGAUUUCUGGCACCACAGCGCUGCAGGAGGCUCUGAAGGAGAAGCAGCAGCACAUCGAGCAGCUACUAGCAGAGCGAGACCUGGAGAGAUGUGAGGUCGCAAAGGCAACCAGCCACGCAGGAGAGGUGCAGCAGGAGCUGACUCUGCUGAGGAAAGGGAGGGAUCAGUAUGCAGUGGAGAUGGAAGCAAAGUUGGAUCAGCUACGUUCGCUGGUGGAGGCAGCAGAUCGAGACAAGGUGGAGCUGCUCAACCAGCUGGAGGAGGAGAAGAGAAAAGUGGAAGAUCUGCAGUUUCGUGUGGAAGAGGCAUGCAUCACCAAAGGAGACCUGGAGACGCAGACCAGACUGGAGCAUGCCCACAUAAAGGAGCUUGAGCAGAGUCUGCUCUUUGAAAAGACCAAAGCUGAAAAACUCCAGAGGGAUUUAGAGGACACUAGGGUGGCCACGGUGUCUGAGCGCUCCAGGAUUAUGGAGCUGGAGAGGGAGGUGGCAGACCUCCAGCUCAGGCUCCGGGCAUCCCAGCAGAAGGAGGAUGCUGCGUCUCUGUCCCAGCAACAGAUCAGCAGCCUCAAAGCCCAGGCACAGUCUCAGGAGAAAAAGAUCAGUGAGCUGAGUGUCGACGUGGGCAAACAGAAAGAGCUUCAGUCUCUGCAGCAAGAUAAGAGCUCUCUGGAGCUGCAGCUAACCAGCCUGAGAAAAACGCUUGAGAUAGCUGAGGAGGAGAACAGGAGUGCAGCAAAGAACAUGCAAGAAUUGGAGCAGAGUGUGGAGCAGGCAAAGAAAGACUACCAAACCUUGAAAGAGGAGAGUCAAUGCAAAGAGAAAGAGCUGACACAGGCUAUUGAAAAGUCAGAGAUGACGAAGCUGUCGCUUGAACAGCUGACCAAUGAGAAGAAGACACUUGAGACACAGCUCGAGGCUUUGAAACAGCAGAACUCCAAAUACCAAGAAGAGCUCAGCUUGACGAAGGAGCGGAGCAGCUCAGAAAACCAGCGCAUCGGAGUUCUCUGCAAGGAAAUUGAGGAGCUGAAGCUGGCCUCCCAGAAGUCUCAGCAUCUUGAGGAGCACAAUGAAGACCGUAACAGUCAACAGCCAGACAUGAAGACCAGAGAAAUCUCUAAUCAGGAAAGGGAGGGGGAAAUAAACUUCCAGAAAUCCACUGGAGCCUUAAUCUCUGACAAAGACCGGGAACUGGAAACUCUGAGGAAUGAGAUCGCUGUGCUGCGAGGAGAAAACGCCAUGGCCAAGACGCUGCAGUCGGCCGUGGAGACGUUGGAGAGAGAUAAAGCUCAGCUGCAGAGCCGUGUUCACAGUCUAGAGCAAAGGCUCAUGGGAACGCAGGCCUCAGAGGAAGAAGACAGGGACGCUCCACCCUCAGGCGAUGCAGCUCUGGAGCAGCUGAGGGAAGAGAAGGAGUUCGCUGAGGGACAGAUCAACUUCCUGAACAGUGUGAUUGUGGACCUGCAGCGGAAGAACGAGGAGCUGAAGAUCAAACUGAAGAAGCUCGCGCUGGCUGAGUUCAACGGCAACGACGGGACUGAUGGGUUUGUUGAAGGUGUGUCAAAGCGGGAGAAGAAGGCCACCCCACGACUGUUCUGCGAUAUCUGCGAUUGCUUUGACCUCCACGACACGGAGGACUGUCCCACUCAGGCCCAGAGCCCCGACUCUGUACCUCACACCACCUAUCACGGCAACCCGGCCGACGAGAGGCCCUACUGCGACAUCUGCGAGGCCUUCGGACAUGCCACAGAGUCCUGCAACGAUGACCAGACCUUCUAGAGGCUCCAAGAACUCUCUACCUGCAUUUUAAUUAAUCUUCCCCUUAAACACAACUCACCUUUUACUCUCCCACUAGAUUUCCCACAAUCCAGCCCCGACAUGCCUGACUUAAAUUCCCUUCAGAUUUGUCCAUAUUGUAUUUUUAUACCGUAUUUAUGCAUAUCACUGGUAGCCACUGUCCUGAUCUACAUCCUUUACUCUGCAGCUCGUCGCUCUAAAGAUAAACUGUUCUGACUGUAAUGCAGAACGCUCGUCCAAAUAUGCUGCUUUGGUGCAAUAUUGAUGUUUAUAACGAAAAGGAAUCCGUCCUCUGCACUUGUCGUUUCUAGCGUGUUUAAGUUUGUUUGUAAAUUAAGUGAUGUUUCACAGCCAUUGGUUUUUAUGGGCUUUAUUUUUUAUUAGGCAAGAAGUGAUGCAACGCAAUUAAGCACAGCUCAGACUGAAGGGAAAACGAAGCACCUCUUCGACGUUUCUUUCUGUAUCACAUUCCUCAGUCUGCACGGCUACAAACCAAUCAGAGUGAUACUGCCAUGUCAAAUGUUUUACUAAUCUUUAAUGUUGAGUACUAUUUUACAAAGUCCUUCUUUCAGUCUGUCUGCGACGGCGUACUUGGGCCACCGUCGGGAAAAUAAAUCAUCAACGAUUUCAAGCAGAAAGUUUUAAUAUUUUGGGAAAAAUGCUGAAUUCAUAAUAUUUUGAGAAAAAAGUUGUAAUAUUUGGAGAAACAUUUUUGUUUGUUUAAAUAGUACAAAAAUAGUGAAACAUAUCUACAACAAUAUUCAUACAUUCAAUACUAAUUAAAUACUCCAACAUGCCUUGUUUUCUUUGUUUAAGAUGACAAAGGAUUAAAAUCUUGUAAAACAACAUUUUCUCUAUAUACUACUUAUUUCAGAAGGUUAUGACUUUAUUGAAAUAGUAAGACUGUAUUCUCAAAAUAUAACAACUUUAUUCUCUAAAUAUUACAAUAUUAUUCUCGUCAUAUUGAGGCUUUUUUUUCUCUAAAUAUUGAAAUUUUAGACUCAUUAAUACGACUCGACUAGAACUAGAAAUAUAGAAAUAUAACUAGAAAUAAGUUUUUUUUUCUCCAACUAAUUAGUUGUUCAGUUUUUUAAGUGGCCCUAAUACUCCGUUUUAAUCAGCCUAAAUGUCAUUAACCUGUUGAUAACCUAUGGAAAACCAAUAAUAUUAAGUAACAUGAGCGAAGUUCGACCUUGGAAAUCGUAGUUUCAAAGGAUACUAGCUUUUUUCCAGAGCUUUCAGCUUGGUCUCACUGUCUUCAUCAGUCUUUGGAGUUCAUUCCUGAAUUUGAGGCUUAAGAAUUAGCUCUCUGCGUUUACUCCAUCUGUUGAUGAAGACCAUGAGAUGCAAAUGAAGAAAAUAAAGCUGGUAAGUGGACCUUGACUUAAAGGGGCACUCCGCAGAUUUUACACAUAACGGUCAGUUUACUUGGUUACUUACUUCAUUUUUAUAUAAAGUGUCUUGACAACAGUUUUGUAUUUGACAAAACAAUCUCUCUACAAGGUCCUUUAAAAGCUGUUCUGGAGCUUUCAUCAUAAUCACUAUCUUCAUCAGCAGAUAGAGUUUCAUGGUUGUCGUGGACUUUUAGGUGUUCUGGUUUCAGGUUUUUUUGAGCACUUCUCGUCUGUGUUUCAUCCACAUUUGCAUGACGAUGUGGUAACUCAAUCAAAAGCUCCAGAACAGCUACUAAAAGGACCUUGUGAUGAGAUUGUGUCAUUCCUUAGAUUAGCACAUGGGUUAAUGCCGCUGAAGGUUACUAAGGAUUUGUUGUAGAUGAUGAUGAAGUUGUUGUAUUUUAUUAUUUAUUGUCUAAAUUUUUCACUAACCAGUCCUACAGGGAAAUAAGCUAGCACAUAUUAAAGGUGUGUAGUCUGUACUAGGACUACUGUAGUAAAGGUCAGAGUACAGGUAGCACAGGAACUCACCCAGACGAAACUAGAGAAGACUCUACUAACUUAGUUUUGCACUGUCCACUUUAACGAUUUAGCAGAAGCAAACUUUAUGAUUCUAAAAAAAAGUGAUUCAAGGUCAGUUCAGAUUAUUCUGUCCCGUCUCAUACUGCCCUCUUUAAAGCAAAUGUUUGACAUUAAGGGAAAUACGCGUAUUUGCUUUCUGGCGGAGAGUUAAUAUGAGAAGAACGAUCCCACUCUUACGUCUGUAUGUUGAAAUUACAGCAGGUUAGCUUAGCUUAGCACAAAGUCUGUAAACGUGGUAACAGCUAGCCUGGCUCUGUCCAGGACACAACCCCUAUAAAACAUUGUUGUUGUCACACUUUGUUUUUUGUAUAGAUUAAACAAGGGAGAUUUUAGUGAGCAUUAAGGAUGUGAUAGGUGGGUUUUGUUACCUUAGGACAGAGCCACGUUAGCCAAGCUAAGUCAAAGCUAAGCUAAGCUAAGCUAACUGGCUCCUGGGGAACAUCAAACUGUUUUUCCAGGUGUUUGGGAGUACUGCUGGAUAUAUGAAAAACGUAGUAUCUCUUAAAAUAAAAAGUAGUUCUUAGUGUCUCCAGAGGGAGAUGUGUCCGUCUGAUAAAUUGCCUCAAGUGAUGUCACUUGAGUCAGCGUUUGAUUUGGGCUUAAGACGACAAGUUUGGGAAUAACAGAAAUCUGUUGGAAAGAAGUUAGAAAACAAGUUUAGCAGACCUCUGUAGCUGCUGCAACAGUCGGCUACAGAGUUGUAUUGUGGGUAAUGUAGGCGCCAUGUUUUGACAAGGAAAAGGAAAUGCGUUGGAUUAAAAAAGACGAUGUCUCUGCUUACGCUGCAUCGAUUUUAACUGUGAGUCCGACGAUGUUAAAAGCAAUUAAUAACAAUUAAUCGAUUAGUUGUCAACUAUUAAAUUAAUCACCUAUUUUGAUAAUAGAUUAAAAAGUAAAAAUAUUUUCUAGUUUCUUUCCUCCUCUAUGACAAUAUUCUGAAUAUCUUUGGGUUGUGUACUAAACAAAACAUUUGAGGGCGUCAUCUUGAGCUUUAGGAAACACUGAUCAACAUUUUUCACCAUUUUAUGACAUUUUACAGACCAAACAACUAAUCGAUUAAUCGAGAAAAUAACUCACACAUUAAUCUGCAAUGAAAAUAAUUGUUAGUUGCAGCCGUAAUGUUAUAGGAGUGCACUAAUAAAUCAGUGUAGAACUCUUUUUUUAAUGGACAGAUAUGAGAGAGUGGAAUGAAUUUUCUUUUUUUACCAGAAAGCAAACAAGCGUAUUUCCCAAACUGUAGAACUAUUCCUUUAAAUUAACCGUGUAUAGCGACAUUUAUUUGACUUACCUUGUUCUUAAGCACAAUUUUGGAUCACAUUGGAUCUUGCAGUGUAACAGUGUAUAAUACAUGAUGUGACUAACCAUUGACACUAGUCUUUGUAAAUAGUAAUCAGAGGCCUCCUUCUGAUUAACGUGUACACAGUGCCAUGGAACAAAAAGAUAGCUUUUAUGUGUACGACACUUUAUUUUUAUGCCCUGUUGAUAAGAAUGAUGUAUACGGAGAUUUCCACUCCAGGGGGAGGGGGGAGCCCAUUUGUAUAGACUUUAAAAACAUUGUGUACUUUAUAAGUGAUGCGUCUAAUUAUUAGUGUAAUGUUUUAUAUGUAACAACUUCAGGCACCAUCUAGAAGUGGUUUUGAAACCAUUUUAUAGAUGUUGACGUGGUGUAAAAUGUUACUGUUUUCUAUGUACUGUAUACUCCUGAACAGUCCAAUACAAAGACUAAGAAAAGU